AAAGUGCGAGUUGAGAUCAGCGCAUGUGUGCAUGUGUUUGGAUAUGUGCAAGUGUGCGUUGACGCGGGAGUGUGUGUGUGUACGUGUGCAAGGAAAGCGUUUCGGGGGUGGGGGUGGGGGGACAAGGUGUAGACAACAGAGCAGCGGACAGUUUUUGGGGUGAAGCAGUUUGAGUGGAGAUCUAGACGAGGACAGUCGAAGCGUGCCGGGUGUUGCUCCGUCGUGCGUCCUGGACACGACUCUUCAGCGGCGAGCUGCCUUUUCAUUACAGGUGCUGGUAAGUCCAGUGAGUGACAUUCCCAACAGAGGGAACCCUGAAGGAACACCAUGGCCUUAGCGGGAUGCCCUGACUUCUUCUUACGGCACUCAAACUACAAGGAAAGCGUGGAUCGCACUUCUUCACACAGGUCUGAGGAGCUGAUUGUUCCAGGCUUUCAGGGCCCAGCCAAUCAAAGUUUGCCACAUCAACAUGACGAUGAUGUGGACUUGGAGCAGCUGGUGAAUGACAUGAACUCGUCCAUGGAGAGUGGGUACUCUACGCAGGCAGACACUGCACUGCUCCUUAAUAACGGCCACGGGCACACCCAGCAUCACCACCAACUCGUGCACCCUGCCUUCCCAAGACAUGGCCCCGCCCAGCGUCGUCACAACCCACACCUGCAGCCUUCCCCCCCGUCGAAAAAGAACCUGCGACAAUCCCAGCCCAUGCACAUUCAGGCAGUCAGGUGCCUGAAGGAGGAGCAACUUCUGCGUCCAGCUUCCAUGCCAGCCAUCCCAAACCCUUUCCCCGAGCUCUGCAGCCCAGCAGGCUCCCCCGUCCUCGGCUCCAUACUGACCUCUGACAACUGCAUAGUUAAGGUGUGGAGCGAGGAUGGAGCCGGUAAAGUGGUGGAGAUUCCGGCAGACAUGACGUCAAGAGACAUCUGUCAACUCCUGGUCUACAAGAGCCACUGUCUGGAUGACAAUGCCUGGACACUGGUGGAACAUCACCCCGUCCUUGGCCUUGAGAGGUGUCUGGAGGACCACGAGCUGGUGGUUCAGGUUCAAGCCUCCAUGGGCAGCGACAGUAAAUUCCUCUUCAGGAAGAACUAUGCCAAAUAUGAAUUCUUCAGAAACCCCCUGAACUUCUUUCCAGAGCAGAUGGUGGCUUGGUGUCAGGAUACUGAUGGCUCAAUCCCUCAGUCACAGCUCUUACAGAACUUUCUGAACUCAAGCAGCUGUCCAGAGAUUCAGGGCUAUCUGCAUUUAAAGGAGCCUGGACGCAAGUCCUGGAAGAAACUCUACAUGUUCCUGCGCCGCUCCGGGCUCUACUUCUCUACUAAAGGAACAUCCAAGGAGCCCCGACAUCUGCAGCUGCUGUCAGAUUUAGAGGACAGUAACAUCUUCACCAUCAUCACGGGGCGAAAAUUCCACAAUGCUCCCACAGACUACCAGUUCUGCAUCAAGCCCAGUAAAGUGACGAGUGACUGUAAGGAGCUGAAGAUGCUGUGUGCCGAGGAUGAACAGAGCAGGACCUGCUGGAUGACUGCCUUCAGACUGCUAAAAUACGGGAUAGUACUGUACCAGAGCUACAACGCUCCCCAGCAGAGAAAGUCCAACCUCCCGCCUUUCACAGCGCCUGUGAGGAGUGUAUCUGAGAACUCCCUGGUCGCCAUGGACUUCUCCGGAAGGACCGGUCGAGUCAUCGACAACCCUGUGGAGGCCCAGAGCGCUGCCGUUGAGGAGGGGCAGACCUGGAGGAAACGGAGCCAGCGUAUGAAUGUCCUGGGCAGUCCCAGCCCUCUGCACCCGUCGUCUCUGAGCACAGUGAUCCACAGGACACAGGUCUGGUUUCAUGGUCGCAUCAUGAGAGAGGAAGCCCACAAAAUGAUCAUACAACAAGGCCAAGUGGACGGAUUAUUCCUGUUGCGGGACAGUCAGAGUAAUCCAAAGGCGUUUGUGCUCACCUUGUGCCACCACCAGAAGAUCAAGCACUUCCAAAUCCUACCGUGUGAGGAAGACGGCCAGGUGUUCUUCAGCCUUGACGAUGGCGCCACAAAGUUCACCGACCUGAUUCACCUGGUGGAGUUUUACCAGCUGAACAGAGGAGUGCUGCCCUGCAAACUCAAACACCCCUGCACCGCAGUGGCCUUGUGAUACUUCACAACCCUGACACCUUCACCUCCUUUUUUUUGCACACCUCUCGCCCCAGAGAUUCCAACCCCCAUCUGCCCCUCUCGCACCAACACAAUGAGGAUGAGGAGAAAGAAAAGGUUAAGUCAAGUUUGGGGCUUUGAACUACUCGAUGGUCAUUGGAAGUUUGUUUUCAGUGCACCCAUGCUUUCUUCAGCCUCAGUCUUGCUGCUGAGAUGUUUGGAUUGGAAGCUUUUGGACAGCUGAAGCGUUGCAGGUUGUGGACCCAGCAGUUGCCCAAACUCCUGCCUGGUCACGGAGACUUGGAUUUUGUCAUUGCCGUUUUGACCCUAAAAAUAGACAAUUUUUUGAGAAAACACAAGACAGCUAAGAUUAGCUCAUCAGGAGUUCUGGGGGGUCUCCCUUCCCCAGAGUCCUUAACCCCCCCCUAAUACCUUGACCUCCUCAUCCUCCAGGCCUGAUAAGCUGUGGUGCCAGCCCCACCCUUGCCAUCCGAUGGCCAAGAUUGGCGGAUGGCGCCACUCAUGACUUCCUCAUUGAUCAUCAGGGAUGGACGAGAACUUCUCUGGGUCUUAUCAAACCUGAUCCAGGGGUAUUCUCAACCUGUGCAGUCCAGUCUGGAUAAGCUGACACCCUGCCCCCCAACUCUAUCCCCGAAAGGACUUGAUGCUGCCACUCUGCUGUGUCCUGUCCCACAAUCCCAGCUGAUGCAACCCUGACCCCGCUUCUCCUCCUCCACAGAGGCUCAGAAAAGUUGGGAGAGAAAGAGAUGUAGCUAAAGGCAAGAUAAGCAGUGCAGCGGCAAGGGUUUGCUAAAAGGACAAAGGAAUGUUAAUCAGGAGGGCUGUAACAAGCCUCUCUUGUAGAGUUGAUUACUUGAUGUCAUUUUAAUGCUGUUUUAUUGCUGUUGAUUCAAUGCAGAACUAGUUUUGCACUCCCGAGCGGACAGAUGACAGCUGUUCUUCUCUAGCUAAAUGAAGCUGCCUUCUUUCUGUUCAUCCUUAUCCAACAACCCCACUGACCCCCCCCCCCCCCCCCCCCCCCCCCUUCUGAAAAGCAUGCAUGUGAAUUUCCUUCGGUUCUGAUUGGAUUACAGGGCUUGGGAGCACAGCCACAGCUGAUUAUGCAGUGCCUUUCAGACAGGUUUGGGAACAUCUUGGACCUCUGUGUGGCUUGAACCAACAUGACUAUGCUUUUGGUCAAAUGAAUGUGCUCAUAAACUGCCUGCAGUGUGUGAGGACCAUGAGGAAAAAGAGGAAAACUGUAAAAUAGACUCCUCAAACAUUUAUCCACCCAAUGACUUCUACUAUUAGUCUUUUUUUUUUUUUUUUUUAAACUGAAAGGGUUAAAUCUGUUGGUGAAUUUGUCUUUGAAUGUUAUUUUCUUUUCCUAAGUCUGUUCUGGGCUCACUGCUUGCACAUUUUUAUUGAUCUUGAGUUGAUAUUAAUGGGUUGGAGCUGUCAUGUGUGGAGUCUGACCACUUUUCCCACACAUCAGAAAACACAAAUCAACAAAAGCACUCAUAAUGUUUUCUUUUGUUUUAAUAUGUAAAUGAACAAAUGACUUGAAAUGUGGACUUAGUUGACUGUGAAUUCACACGCAGUUAAUUGAGAGUCACUUGCCUUAAGUGAAAAUUGGGAGCCUUGUGUCUGAAAUCAAAGCUGUUAAAAAAAAUGCACAUACAGGAACCCAUUUCAUAAAACAAGAGGAUGGAUUGCCUCAAAAGUGCUUAUUGGUCAUUAAAAGUUUUUAGAUUUUUUUAAAAAUAAACUAUCUUGUUGAGAUUUUGAUGAGAACAUUGAUCCAAAUCUUUUAAAAAAGCUAUCUUCAGAAAGUAGCUAUUAGCUUUGACACUGACAACACUGAGCAACACAGAAAUCACUAAGCUAGCUCUGUUCUAACUAAAUCUAAAUACCAGCUCCUCUAAAACUCAUCAUAACCACAUUCUGUUGUCGAAAGUGACAGUAUGUGGUUUUGUGGCUUUAACUGAGGUCAUCUGCUGGACUUUUUCAUGAAGUUCAGUGAUUUAUCAAGCUAAGCUAAGUAGCAGCUAGCUGUACAACCAGUGCUGGACUUUUAGUAUUUUCUUUGACAUUUUUAACAAUGUCUAUCUUUUUUUGUUGUUGCAUUAACUUAAAUAUAAAAGUUGUAUCAAUAUUCUCAAAAAAAAAUUGGCAAGACAGCAAAUAACUUUAUUUCCCAACAUGUCAAUCUUUUUCUUAAAAGUAGAAAUCCAUUCACCCUUCAGAAAAUGUGUGAUUAAUCAUUUCAAGAUAUUCCGAUUAGCAGUUCCUCAGUCAGUGGUGAACAACUGGUUGAGGCGUCAGUCAAACACAAUUAAACUUGAAGGAAUUAUUUCUUAAAUAGCAAUUUUUCAACCAUCAUUAAGUCGAUUUUCACCAUACUAGAAACUGUUGUCAACACAAAUGGUCCCUUUUUCUAAAUUCCUAGCAUUUUGUAAACCAAACAAUUAAUACAUAUACCUAUAAAAUUGACAAAAUUAUAACAACCCUCAGUUUCAGGAUUGCAUAUUUUGGGUAGCUAGAGUAAACCAUCUGCUAUAGGCCUAUACUUCAAUGGGAAACAAAACAUGGUGAUGUCUAUUUCUGAUGGCUGUUUAAAUACAUUUUGGGAGAUGAAAUUGCAGGUUUAUUAGGCCAAGUUUGUUCACCAAAAUGAGGACUGUGACACUAUCAUUCAACAAAUUAAACUUAGAGCUCUCUUUAGGGCUCUUAAUGGCAGCAGUGAAAAAAUGUCAACCUUAAAGUGUAAGGACCAUUAUUGUAGCAAUAUGCAAAAGGAAAGAUUGGUCCUCUCCAUCCAUCUCCAGCUGCCAGGUGACCAGCAAAUGAAAAAUGUGCAAUGAAGCACCUGCUCAGUCCCCACCCUGACCCCGACCUCUGCCCGCUUCACCUGAAAGUCCCCUUCAUCCUACACCAGAAUAAAGUGAACAGGGUUUGCCAUUGGACUCCCCACCAGGAUGACUUAAUUCUCUCUCACUGCUGCUUAGUCAACCAAAUCACAUCACUAAGAAGCUGUGUGCUCCACUAAUCAGGACAUUCUAGUAAGGGAUGGCAGACUCAUUCCAGGGAUUUGAUAAUGCUUGAACCACCGUCCCCCUUUCCCACCUGCUUCCAGCCUUUAAGCUAUUACCCUGUUGUGAAUGUGUGUGUAUGGAUGGCUAGACUGUUAAACGCAGGAUUGCUUAGUCUGCUGGUUAUCAGAACUUGCCUUGUCGAUACAGUAAGAGGUCUGAUGGGUAAAGUAGUGCUUUGUUGUGAAUUUUAAAGGAGACAGGACUUUGGCAGGAAGUAUCUCAGCAUUCCUAUUUUUUUCUGCUGAGGUUCUUUCUGGUCCGUCAGAGAGGGAUUCAAAACCACAUUAUUCUGGGUCAGCUGAGACCCACAAUAAUCUUUGCCCCUCUGUUAAACAUCACUGUGUUACAAUGCAAUCCUAUACACAAGCCUAAGUCUAUAAAUACACCAGUAUACAGUAUCAUUUGUUUGCUAAGUAUGUGAAGCUAUGGAGAGGAUGUAGAUCUAACACUGUACCUAGGUCACAGAUCACUAUAAAUGGGGCGUUAUGCUUUUGCUCAUAACUCAGUGUAAAAUGAAGAAUGAUUUAUUUGUUCCUUUUUUCCAUUAUUUGAUUGUGUGUAUAUUGUCAUUUUAGUGUAUUUUCUCUGGUUUGCCACAAAAUUACCUUUUAUAUAUAUAUAUAAACAAAAUAAUAUACCACAUUAUAUACAGUAUUAAAUUAAGCUUUUUUAUUUUGUCAAAAUCAAACUGGAUUUUUGGCGUGUGUCAAAUUUCUGAACAUCAUUUGUGUGUAUAAGCUGACAGGAUUGAACUCUGCCAGUGUCCAAUUCUGAUGCCAUUUUUUGUUUUGAAGCCACAUGUUGAAUAUCCCUUUUCUGUUGAUAUGGCACGUCUAAUUCUGCUCAUAUUCUUUCAGCUUCAAGACAGUAUCUGAGUAUUAACCUAUCACCUCUACGCAUUCUCACACACCAGUGGUUUUUCGAUUUGAGAGCACACACACAAUGCUCAAUUCUUGGGGAUAUUCUCAGCAGCUUUUAAUUCACACCUUUCACCGCAAUCAGUGCAAUUAUAUGCUGUAGCUCAAGAAGGUCGGCAUUUCAUACAUUAUCCAUUUCCUCUGAUUUUAAGGUGCAUAUCAAGAAAUAGUUUUUCUUGCCUAAGCCUAUUCUUGCAGCAGGUGCCUCUUGUUUGUGAAUAGUAUCAAGUCCUUAGUUGCCAUCCGUCCACUCACUGCAUUCAUGUACAGUUAUAGCUGUGACUGUGAAACAGAAUCCUACUGGAACUAAAUCCUAAUAUCAGGUCAACAUUGCGUACCCAUAGACAUUGAUGACUCACAGUGUAAGUGCAGGUGUUCAGUGUUGUUGGAAUUUCUUUUGAGUUAAAGUCAUCAUAAGCUGAAGUUUAAAAAAACUUUUCAGGGAAUGAAAAAAGAUCAAAUGAACAGAAAUACUUUUUUCAAAUAACCCCGUUGUGCUUUGCUUCAUUCUGUCUGCACGGCUCCUGGAUCGACAUUUUAUCCUGUUCAGGUAUUUUUGUAUAAAUAAGGGACUGGUAUAUUCUCUGUUUUAUUGGACAUUAGAAUAAAAGACAACAUUGCUAUAAACCAAA